AUGAGUAAUUUAGUCUACACACUGACACGGCAGGCCUUCAAGAGUGGUUUCCCUGCCAAUGUCCUGCUUCCCGUGGGAGUGAAACCUCGCCUCCGAUUCCUGUUGGAUUUCCCCCAGUUCUUGCCGUCGGGGGGCAGUGAGGGGCGGUUCUCCUCCGACUCCAGCUAUCGCCCCUCGGCCUCCCAGCGCCCCGAAAACCCCGCUCGCGAGCCGCCUUCCUGGCGCCGGCCAGCAGGUGGCGCCCGACCUCCACCGGCCGGACCCGGACGAGUGGCCGGAGCUGCGCCGCGGAAAGCCUCCUCCGAAAGGUGCCGCUUUUCCUGGACGGUGCUGCUACUCUGGGUCGUCGUCCAAACGUUGCAAACGGUCCCCGGCUUCCAGGGACCGCGCAGGUGCUCGAGAGCCCCACCCCGGCCGCACGGCUUCCUCUGGAAAGCCGGCGAGCCCUUGCACAGGACCUGCCGUCCGGGUCUGAUCCUCUCGCCGGUCCGAGCGAACCACGAGAGGCUGGGGGCGACCGGGAGCCGGCGUCCGCGCCCCCACCCUGUCGUCUCCGGAGGACAGGAUGGGGUGGGAGCGGGAGCGGGGGGGGGGGCAGCGACCCGUCCUCGUGCUUCCCGCCCCCGCCCUGAGCGGAGCGGCUCGUCGCGCGGGGCGCUGGGUGGGCCGGCGACAGGUGGCCGGACAUCAGGUGGCAGGUCCGAAGGGCGGCCUGCGCCGGCACGCCCCGCCCCGCCCAGGUGUGGCGGGCAGAGCCGGCGUCCCCGUCGGUACGAUUAUCAACAACAACGACGGCCCCGGUCAAAGCACGUGCUCACCUGCGGCGCGGACGCCGGGCGGGGCGCGGGUGGCAUCGGAGGCUGCCCCGCCCGGGUCCCCGGCGCCGCCCCCCCCCCCCCCCCCCCCGGGAGGAAGCGGGGUCGGGCGCGACCGCCGCAGAGGACGCGGGAGCCGGGCGAGGUUGGGCCGAGAGCCCGAGGCCGCCCCUCCGCACCUGGCCCCGCGCUCUCCGUGACGGAUUCCAGGUCAGGGCCGGAAACGCCACCGCCGCCAGCGCAGACAAGGUGGCGCCACCCAAACACCUGCUGGGCCGGGCCUGAGAAAGUGGCCCCAGGGGUGAGGCAGCACCCUCGCUCUAGGGUGUCCCUUGACGGAGCCUUCCACACCCUGGAGGUUUCAGCAGCCCUAAAACCACAGCGACACCGGCAGGCUCUGCACAGCAGAGGGAAAGUCACCGUUCACUGCGACCCGCGGAAUGUCAUCGGAUAGAAAGCAUUGCUGAAGAAAGUGAAAACGCAAAUAAGUUUGCCAUUGACGAGAGACGUGCGUAGAGUUCGGUCUCCAGAUGAGGCUAAGCUAUGUCAAAACAAAACAAAACAAAGCAGAGCAAAACAAAAAGCACCCACGCGCGCCCUCCACGACAGGUUUAGUGUGGGAUCGUGCAACUCGGAGCAACACGGGAGGCAUUAUUGAAAACUCAGUAAAAUGAGUACUUCUUGGAAACCGUGCUGAUCGCUAUGGAGCUCUGAGAGGCAGGACACUUUCGGGGUUCCUUUUCUAGAACAGGCAGGGCUAUUAUAAUGAUCCUAUUAAUCGGAAAUCAUUAGGAACAUUUGCAUAGCGAAGCUGUAUUUACAUACACUGCCCUUGAGAGGCUGCCGGUCUGUGCCUUGCAGUGUGGGUGGCAAAGUAAUGUGAUUAAUUAUGCACAAAUCCUGAUUUCUCGUGCCACAUUCCAGCACUGAUAGUAUUUUUUAAGUUUUGCGAAAGGGAGGUGGCUCUAGCCGUUGACCGAAGUCUUCCCACUUAAAAAAAAAUUGUUAUGUAUGAGGUUUGAAAUCCUUUCAGCCCUAGCACUGGAUGCAGCUUCAGGUUUUUGGGUUUUUUUUUUUUUUUUCCUUUUUUCCCUCUGUAAAUCUGUAGGAAGUUCUUCCUGCAGUCUAAAGUUUGCAGCUUAUUUAAAUACCGUCCGGUUAAUUCACACAUAAUUCUGAUUUAACUGAGGACUACAGUAAAUCAGCUGUGUUUUGAAAAUCCUAUUUCCCUAGGAAUACAAGACAGCAGAAAACCCGAGAAAAAUGUAAUAUUUGUAAGUCCCCUGUUUACUUUUCCCCUCAAUCUUCACCUUCUUUGCGUUUAAGAAAAAGGAAGGGGGCAGAUCAGAAGAGAAGCAAAGCUUAGUAGUGGGGGAACCUGCAUUUGCCCCUUCAAUUAAUCAUUAAUUUCUCGGCUAGUGGGCCAGCCUGUCUCUUGGACGCCCGCCCGAGCCAUGUGCCUGCCCCAGGGUAUCUCUUCGGCCAGGCGGUUUGGUGGUGGGUGCUGAGGUGGAUGUCGCUUUCAGAAAACCAAGUCACUUUAUUUUGGAGCAUGGAGGUGGACGCUUUCCCGAACCCGCCGAGAAGUCUGCUGAGGGCCUGGCCCCGGAGAGCUGCCUACGACUGUGCUCCGGGCAGCGUUCGCUUAACCACCUCUCCUCCGAUAUUAAGUCUGGAAAUGAUUUAAUGCCGAGCCCCCCCACGGUGCGGGCCUUUUGAUGUACUUUGUGUGCCUGUGUUUCUGUCACAUACGUGCCACAGUGGAACAGAUUUUGUUUUGACACUAUUUUGGUUCAUGAUGUUAUACUUUGACUAUUUUACAAUAAUAGCCAAUGUAAACAAACAUCUUUGGGAUUCUCAAAUUAUUACUUGUGAUUCUUGGACAUUGCGGCUCUGUGAUACUGACGCAUUCCUAGCUUUUUCCAAGGACACCGUAUGUUAACGUCCGUGCCAGCCUCAUUAUCCCAACAGCCAGGCUCUGGGCUGGUUCGUAAUGAGCGUUGUACGCUAUUACUUUACACACUCGCCGAGUUGAUGAAGGCAGUGUCUCCUCCCAGGAUCAUGUCUGUACCCUGAUGUAGUAAAACUGCUAAAUAUGG